AUGCCACCACGAGUACAGAAUCAGCUCGUGACCAACUCUCUUCUCCCCUACCUCUCUUCCUCCUCCACCUCUACAUCCACAAUCUCCAAGAUCCCUACCCAAUGUUCUUCCUCAUCAAUUCCAUCCACAUCUCGGCGGACGUGCCGUCCCUUCUCUUCAACCGUGGCUUCUCAAACGAGACUGCGCAACGAGAUGUUCACUUGGCUGAACAGUGAAGGCGCCGCUCUGAAAAACCAUGUCCCCGGGUCAACGAACUAUCUCACACAAUUCAAGGAGAGAGAUGAUCAACCUGCCGGACGGACCCGCCCGUUCCCAUUAAACCAGAACUUUGUCAGCGAGUCUAUCUUGAGUGAAGAGCUGCGGAACGAGAUCUACGACCGCGUCGUAAAUCAGAAGAAGAGUGUCAGAGCUGUCAGUGUAGAUCUGGGCGUCGACAUGCGGAGAGUCGGUGCUGUUGUGAGCCUGCCAUACGCUCGGGCUAUCCAUGAAAUGGUACCCACCACACCCCUAUACGAAGACACUCGCGACAACCGCAGCCGCCCUCACGAGUCAAUCAAUGACCUUCCCGUCCACAAACUGACCGACCCCCAAAUCUUCUAUCCUGCAUCCGAAUCCCGCCAAUUCAACCGUCUCGACGCUGGUCGUGUCUUCUCCGCUGCCCCAGCUCUCGAAAACAAGCAAGUCACUAACGACGCUACUGACCCGGCAGAAGCCAUCAGCCGCAUAACGCAAAACCCUUCCCAUAUUGAGAAGGUUGGCAAAGGCGAGGCCGAACAGCAAGUUCUCCAGCCCGCAGACGCCCGUAUCCCGCACCCCCACCUUGUCGCUCACGAGCGCUUCCGUCAGGCUAAACCAACCGAAUUCCGCGAGAUCUUCAAGGCAUACAACCAACGUCUCCGCCAGGAGGAGACCGCAGAGAAGGAGCGCAAGCGCCUCGCCAAGGAGCGCCAGGAACAGCAACAAACAAAGGUCCAGCCCGAGUCUUCGCGCUUUGAAUUCCGCUUCAAGGACGUCGUUGUCAGCAAGGAGACAACCGGCGCAGACGGUCGUGGCUCCAAGGCCCCCGGUCUCAGAUACGGUGUCCCCAGCUACGAGCGGAAGAAGGGCCAGGUCAAGAUCCCCACACGCGUGGAGGUCUAA